AUGGCUUACCAAGAUAACUACGCCGCCGUUCCCGUACCCAGGCUGGUGUUGUACAGCUACACCCAUUCAGAGGUCGAACGGGCGAUCCUUACUAUCAUCAACGCGUGCAACGAGCCGCCUUACGGCUCACUAGAAGACGCCGCGAUCGCUCUGGAUGACCUUAGACCAUCAAGAAGACUAGGAUCUCAUUGGAAUCCAUCGGAAUCGGAGAGGCCAUUCCUCCGUGAAUUCUGGCCUACUUUUCUCCAGCUCGCUUGCCAGAUUCCAUGCAGCGACAUAACCCAAGAUUAUCUCGUAACAAUAAUUAACGAGCUAAGAUCACUCCACCGUCCUGACGAUCGUACCGCAAAUAUCUGGAAUAACGCAUCAGAGCUCAGCAGAGGCAUAAACAGCAUCUGGCUCGGCAAAGCCGACGACGAUUAUCACGUAUGCCAGAGAUAUGUCAACCUGAACGCAUUCGUCUCUCGACUGUACAACGACGACCUUGUCGAUUGCUACGGCCUAGGUAUCAAGGCCAUGCGCCGCGUAUUCGAGAGUGGCCAAUCUCGCAGCGACAUGCUCGUGAUAUGUCGCAUCCAAGCUGCCACGCAGUGGAUGCUCUAUUCGGCCAAAAAACUCUUCGCUUUGAUGACUGUCUAUCGUCCUGGCCACAGAGACCAGGAUACUUACGGAAGCGCACUAUUUAGCGGUAACAUGGCUUUUUCUUUCGAGCGUUGGAUGUAUUGGAAGCGCAGCUUUGGGAAUCUCUGCGACGCGGAAGGAGAUGAUGCCGAUCUAGCCGUGGCGAGUAUGGACCGAGCAGAUGGCUUCUGCCUAUUGUAA